GCUGCCGCGGCGCGGGGCUCGCCUGGAAUGCGGGCGCCGGGCGCGCGUCGCGACUUUUAUGGAAAGUUGCAGCGGCGGAGCGGCGGCCGCAGCCAAGGGGCGCUCGGCAGCGCAGCCCGCCCGCAGCCGGAGCGCCCCGAGCCGCAGCGCGGGCAGCGCGCAGAAACAGAAAGCCAUCUUAAACAUACCAGGUGCAGAGCACAACACAGUAACCAUGAAUGACAUUGCACAGAAAACUGAGAUUCUGCUUUCUUCAUCUAAACCUGUCCAAAAGUCCUAUGUGCCCAAGCUUCACAAGGGUGAUGUAAAGGAUAAAUUUGAAGCUAUGCAGAAAGCAAGGGAAGAAAGAAAUCAAAGGAGAUCUAGAGAAGAAAAGCAAAGAAGAAAAGAACAAUAUGUUAGAGAGAGAGAAUGGAACAGGAGAAAGCAGGAGAUGAAAGAACUGCUUGGAUCUGAUGAAGAUGAUGACACCAAACUAUCUAAAACAGAAAAGGGUUAUGUUCCAAAGCUCAUAGGAACCGUUAAAGGCAAGUUUGCAGAAAUGGAGAAGCAAAGGCAAGAAGAAGAAAGAAAAAGAACAGAAGAAGAAAGAAAGCGCAGAAUUGAACAAGACAUGAUUGAGAAAAGAAAAAUACAAAGAGAAUUGGCAAAAAAGGCACAGGAGAUUGAUGACUUUAACAAUACGGGAACUGAAUCAGCAGCUGAGGAAGGGGAUGAUUCACUGCUAGUUACAGUAGUGCCUGUAAAAAGCACCAGGACACCUAGGAAGAUAAUCUCUGAGAACACUGGAAAGGAGAGAGCAGAACAAAUAAAGACACAGGAUGAAGAAAUGAAGCUAAAAUAUGAGGAACAAAACCAAUUCCUUAAGGAACCCAAGUGCCUUUCAUUUGUCAAGGGUGAAAAUGAAAGCAGUGAAACUCAAGAGCCUCUGUCUCCUGGUAAGCUGAAAGUCACAUUUGAAGAACUGGAAAGACAAAGACAGGAGAAUCAAAGGCGGCAAGCAGAGGAAGAAGCAAGACAGCGUCUGGAAGAGGAAAAACGUGCCUUUGAGGAAGCCAGGCAGCAAAUGAUAAAUGAAGGUGCUGAUGAAGAAUCUGAAAAUACUGUUAAAGAAUUCCGCCCUGGUAAACUCAGACUCAGUUUUGAGGAGAUAGAAAGACAGAGGAGAGAAGAGGAAAAGAGGAAAGCAGAAGAGGAUGCACGACGACGCAUAGAAGAGGAGAAAAGAGCAUUUGCUGAAGCAAGGAAAAACAUGCAGGUGCUGGAUGAUGAAUCACCAGAAAUGUUUAAAACCUUUUCUCAAGAAUCUCUCAUACCUGGUAAACUGGAAAUUAAUUUUGAGGAGCUGCUAAGACAAAAAAUGGAAGAAGAAAAGAGGCGCACAGAAGAAGAGCGCAGGCAAAAGUUAGAAAUGGAAAGGCAAGAAUUUCAACAGCUGAGACAAGAAAUGGGAGAGCUGGAAGAAGAGUCUGAAACUUUUGAGUUAAGCAAAGAGUAUGAAGAAUUGAUAAAGCUAAAAAGAAGUGGUUCUAUUCAGGCAAAGAACUUAAAAAGCAAGUUUGAAAAAAUAGGACAAUUGUCUCAAGAAGAAAUACAGAAGAAGAUUGAAGAAGAGCGAGCAAAGAGAAGAGCAAUGGAUGAAGAAAUAAGAGAAAGGGAAGCUGAAAAAUUUCAAGAGGAUGAUGAUGUAGAUGUGACACCAGCCAAGAAAUCUGAGGCUCCAUUUACUCACAAAGUAAACAUGAAGGCUCGUUUUGAGCAAAUGGCAAGAGCCAGAGAAGAAGAGGAGCAGAGGAGGAUUGAGGAACAGAAAUUACUACGCAUGCAGUUUGAACAAAAAGAAAUUGAUGCAGCAUUACAGAAGAAAAGGGAAGAGGAAGAAGAAGAAGAGGGAAGCAUUAUUAAUGGUGCUACUUGUGAAGAUGAGGAUCAAGCUCGAUCUGGAGCUCCCUGGUUCAAGAAGUCACUGAAAAACACAUCAGUUGUUGAUGGCGAGCCUGUGAGAUUUACAGUUAAAAUUACUGGAGAACCAAAACCUGAAGUUACAUGGUGGUUUGAAGGGGAAAUGUUGCAGGACUCUGAGGACUAUCAAUAUAUUGAAAGAGGAGAAACCUACUGCCUUUAUUUGCCAGAAACCUUCCCAGAAGAUGAAGGGGAAUACAUGUGUAAAGCAGUCAACAACAGAGGCUCAGCUGCUAGCACCUGUAUUCUCACCAUUGAAACUGAUGACUACUAAUGCUCUACUUUAGCUGGAAACUUUCUUCCCCUCAACUUUCUUACUGCAUCAUCUCUUUCUCUGAUGGGGCCAACUAAAGAAAGCAAGGAUGUGCAUUAACUUGUCAUUCCUGCAAGAGAUAAGAAUAUACCCUUCAAAUUGCGAGAGCUCCCUACUCAAAGCACAAACUAGUAUCAAAGGCUAAGAAUAAAAAAAUCAAUGUACGAAAGACCAACUGAAGGAAAAAGCUGAAUUAUCAUAGUGCUCCACCAUCUGAAGACCAACUCUGGUGUAACAGAAUAAAGCUGAAUACACGAUCUGGAAACUUGUGUAGUAAUGUAAAUCUAUUGGUGUAUCUUGCAUGAGCACUGAAUAUUUAAGCUGUUUUGCUUUAUCCAGAGGCACUGAACUGGCAAAGGAAACACUUACUGAUGAUUUUCAAAAACCCAAGUGUACUAUUUUUAAAGAAUAAAAGAUGAUGUAACUGCUCACAAUUAUUUCAAGGAGCAUAACCUCUUUUGCUUUAAAAUGGGCUUGCACUGAAAAUAUUCUGCUCUGAUCAACCUAUGCAGCUGAUAAUCUCAAAGAAGAACAAUCUCCUUUAGGUUUGUAAUAGUCUUCAAAGUACCAACACUUGCUUGUAAAACUUGUGAUUUUUUGUCAUUGAUUAAAUGACACAGAAACAGGCGGUGACA